AAGCAGAACUAACGAGUCAGGGUUCAAAAUGAGAACUCAGAUGUUCCUCCUUGGAGCCCCAGCAACCUCUUCUCCCCACCUCACCCAGAUACCAGGUAUCGUUGUGCCCUUGGCCCCAUGGACCCCCUAAGGCGAUCCCUCUCCCCCUGCUCAUCAAGGCCCACCUCCUGCGAGAUGCUUGGUUAUGUGGGCAUCGAGGCCGUGCUGGACCAACUGAAGAUCAAGGCCAUGAAGAUGGGUUUUGAGUUCAACAUCAUGGUGGUGGGGCAGAGUGGGCUGGGCAAGUCCACGAUGGUGAACACACUGUUCAAGUCCAAAAUAUGGAAGUCCACCCCAUCCGGCCUGGUGCUGGGGCCCACGCCCCAGACGCUGCAGCUGCACUCGAUGACCCAUGUCAUCGAGGAGAAAGGCGUGAGGCUCAAGCUGACCGUGACCGACACGCCUGGCUUUGGGGAUCAAAUCAACAAUGACAAGUGCUGGGACCCCAUCCUGGGCUACAUCAAUGGACAGUAUGAGCAGUACCUGCAGGAGGAGAUCCUCAUCACCCGCCAGCGCCACAUCCCCGACACCCGGGUGCACUGCUGUGUGUACUUCGUGCCGCCCACUGGGCACUGCCUGAGGCCCCUGGACAUUGAGUUUCUGCGGCGGCUGUGCCGGACUGUGAACGUGGUGCCCGUGAUCGCUCGGGCGGACAGCCUGACCAUAGAGGAGCGAGAGAACUUCAGGCGCACGAUCCAGCACAACCUGAGGACCCACAGCAUCGAUGUGUACCCACAGCAGUGCUUCGAUGAGGACGUCAAUGACAAGAUCCUCAACUGCAAGAUCCGGGACCGGAUCCCCUUUGCUGUGGUCGGGGCUGACCGAGAGCACAUGGUGAACGGGAGGUGUGUGUUGGGCCGGAAGACAAAGUGGGGCAUCAUUGAAGUGGAGAACAUGGAGCACUGUGAGUUUCCCCUCCUGAGAGACCUGCUCAUCCGUUCCCACCUCCAGGACCUGAAGGACAUCACCCACAAUGUCUACUACGAGAACUACCGUGUCUGCAGACUCAACGAAAGCCACAUGCUGCCCCAGGGGCCCGGCUGGGUGAACCUGGACCCGACCCCUGCCAGUCCCUCGGCCAUCCCUGGGCCCUCAAAGAUGUGCCGAUGGGCCCAGGACAAUCCCUCCGAGGAGUACUGAACACAGCACACCCCGGGCCACUUGGGCUUCCCAAGUGCUCAGCAGCCCCCCACACACCUGUGUACUAGGACAUAUAUUAAAGGUGAACAUUGCUUUUUAUGACAAGCUGUGCUUUGAAAACAAAA